AUGUCGAAUCCGAUUCCGAGGGACGAGACGGUAGACCUGUUAGGGGUCGGAAUGAUUCACGGAGCUUCUCAUGUCGACAAUACCCCCGAAAACGUUCAAGACCCAUUGAAGGAUGAACUCGACAACUUGUCUAGAGCAGUGUCACUGACUGCCGCGGUCUCCCCACAAAAGAAGGGGACUCGGAAGAAGUACAUUCCUGUGCCACGUCCAGACUUUGCAGAAGAGCCAUGGCACGGUGUCUCGAUGGUUCUUAAACAAAGUGAACAUAACGCGAAACGCCGUCACGGGAAACCUGGUCGUCAGUGA